GUCGUGGGUGGUAUGAGUAUGGCCACCAAAGGAAUAUCGUAAAACAUAUGUUAACACCUGCAGAAUUAGAGGUGAUAGUGUUUGGCUUAGCUUGACAUUCAGCCACCAGUUGUUAGCUAAUGUCGGUAGCUACCUGUAUUUUAGCUUUGAGCGUCGUGAGGCAACGGCUGCGUGAUUUCAUGAGGAUGAUUCAGUAGGAUGAAUAGUGGGUGGGUUAUGAAAUGAAACGGUCCUAUUGGUGUGUCUUGACUCCUGUGGACAGCAGCCGAGGACUUAAAAGAGACCCACAUCAGUUUGCACUCCUUGGACUCCGUAGGAAGCCUCCGAUGGCUCCGACACAACUGGACACCGCUCUUUUACUUUUUCUUUCUCUCUUUUGUUUUGUUUUGGGGGGUUUUCGUUUUUGUUUUUGUUUUUACACAUCCUAAACCCUUUGCAGUCAUGGCGGAGCUCUCCCGUGAGGAACACCAAUAACCCCUUUUGAAGAGUUUGCCACAUCCUGUGCGGAGAGACUUUGACUCCGCGGACCCCCUAAAUGUCUUUCACUGAGAAAAGGCUUCGGACGUUCAGUCUUGUGAAUGUGUACAAGCGACAGAUUACUUCAUUAAGAUGGGCAAUAAGCAAACAAUAUUUACCGACGAGCAACUUGAUGCCUACCAGGACUGUACGUUUUUCACCCGCAAAGAAAUUCUGCGGUUGCACGGCAGAUACCACGAGUUGGCGCCACAUCUUGUACCAAUGGACUACACCAAUGAUCCUGAUUGCAAACUGCCUUUAGCCUUGAUAGUCAACAUGCCAGAGUUAAAGGAAAACCCAUUUCGCAACAGGAUCGUAGAGUCUUUCUCAGAGGACGGGAUGGGGAAUCUCAGCUUCAAUGAAUUUGUGGACAUGUUCUCAGUCCUCAGUGAAAUGGCUCCUAGAGAACUCAAGGCCAUAUAUGCCUUUAAAAUAUAUGAUUUCAAUGUGGAUAAUUAUCUGUGCAAAGAGGACCUGGAAAAGACUCUGAAUAAGCUGACAAAGGAGGAGUUGACUCCUGAGGAGGUGGAGCUGGUGUGUGAGAAGACCAUCGAGGAGGCGGAUUUGGACGGAGACAACAAACUCUCCUUUGCUGACUUUGAAAAUAUGAUAUCUAGGGCUCCUGACUUUUUAAGUACCUUCCAUAUACGAAUCUGAGAGGGACCUAUGGAGGGUUUCCAAGGUCGGCAGCGUGAUGGACCUCAAGACUCUGUCUGAACUAUGUCCUGGCCAAAGCAUAGUGCCUGUCUCCCACUCCCAUCGUCAAAAAAAAAUUACACAUCAUUGCUCUCCACCCUCAGCGGAGUCUGCUUAGUUAGAGAGCAAAAUACUGGGUAAAGUUGAAUUUCCAGGACCCUGAAUUUCUUUACUAUAGAUGAAAAUGUAUUUUCCUUUUACCAACUAUAAAGGGCUUGACCUGGAUUGUUCUCUUGUUGGGAGAAAGGGUCAUUCUUCCACAUUUUAAGUUUGAAAAAUGGGAAAUGAAACAAGUCGGAAAUGAGCCAGACUCUGGAUGGCUGCUUAUUGUGCACAUUCAAGACUGCAUAAAUUGCUUAUCUACCUAUAUCGCACAUGUCUUCCCACGAUGACAAACUAGGUACAGUAUAAGGUUAAGGACAAAGCUUGAAGUGAAUGAAACACAGCAUUGGCAAUAAGGGCGUACAGAUAUUCUAUAUGCGCAAUGCAAUAUUUGUACAUGCAGUGUAAGGCUUUCAGUCAUUUUAAGGUUGUGCUGUUUGCUUGUGGAACUGGGACAUGAUGACAAUCAUAUCUUACUGUUCUCUGGUGAAAUGAAGGGCUCUGUCAUCUGAAUUCAUUUGGUAGGUUUCAUCUGCCCCAGCCAUUACCAUGAGAUGUUAGUUACAGCCGUCUUUUUGGCAUACAUUUUACAGUAU